AUGAACAAGCUAUCAAGAGUUUUAAACUCUUUCCAAAAAUGCAGUAGACUAAUGUUGCCUCUUUCAAUAGUAUCUAUAAAUAAAACUCAAACAAUUCUUAGAGGAUAUUGUCAAAAAAGUGAAUUUCACAAAGGUGAAGUAGUCGUACCUACAAUAACAUCGGAUAGUGAUGAACAGCAGUAUGAACAAAAUGUAAAAGAACAAAUAUUAGAAAAAGCCCUAGGUUUUGUUCUUAAAUCUGGUUGGUCUGUGGAAUCUCUGAGUCAAGGUGCAGAAGCUGCUGGAUAUCCAGGCAUUACACAUGGCUUAUUUCCAAAUGGCGGAGGUGAUCUUAUUCAUUAUUUUAAUGUUAAAUGUAAUGACAACUUGGUUGAAGCUAUGGAAGGUUGGGCCAAAGAAGAUUCAAAAGAAUUGAAGGUACCAGCAAUAUUCAUUGAAAAUGCUAUUAUGACAAGACUUUCAAUGAUACAGCCCUACAAGAGUACCUGGCCAAAGGCAAUGGCAAUUCAAGCUCUUCCUAAUAAUGUUCCAAAUAGUUUAGCAACAUUACUUUCACUAGUUGAUGACAUUUGCUAUCAUUCUGGUGAUCGUAGUGUUGAUUUCAACUGGUACAUUCGGCGAGUGGGUCUAGCUGGUAUAUAUAAAGCAUCAGAAUUGUUUUACCUAACAGACAAUACUCAAGACAGUAGCGCUACGAAGAGUUUCGUAAAAUCACGAAUUAGGGAUGCAGAACUGAUACAAACCGCACUUAAUAUGAACCCUGUGUCCGUUGCUCCCCAAACAUUGACUGCAGCAUUUGUUACAGCAAAAAAUAUGCUGGGCUUGAACACACUGAAG